GGGCGGAACAAUGGGCGAUUGUUGGUGAAGUGAAGCCGCCGGGGCCGCGGGCGGAGACCGGGGACCGGGGACCGGAGACCGGGGACCGGGGCGGGAUGGCUGCCAGCAAGACGGCCACCGACAUGAAGCUGUACAACUUCGUGGCUGCGGACACGAUGUGGGCAAAUUCAAUCAGAUUGGAGACAGAGGCAGCCAAGAAAUGGGUCAACAAAUGGGGCUUCCUGGUGACCCAGCGCGACCAGAUUAAGGCUGAGCAGGAGAAGCUGAGAAAUAAAUGCAGACUGCUUACUCCCGAACACCUGAAGGUUCGGCCAGCGUCCCCAAUCAGCAAGUACAUCAAGGUGGGGCCGUCUCCCGCUGUUCCACAGACAACGCAAGGUCUCAUUGGCUGGAGGUCAGCGGUGCCAGGACUGGAGCUGGAGCGAUAUGGAAGCCCCCGGCGAGGAAAAUGGAGCUUUCUCCAUCAGAUGAAGUGGCCAGAAGACAGCAUCGAGUAACUGAUCACUUCACCGCGAGUCCGCUGGUCUUCACAAUGAUGCUGAAGACUGCUGCUUUUAAUUUCAGUGUAGUCGCUACUCCUGGUUGUCCACGCGGUUUUUAAAGUUGUAUAUUAAUUGGAAAUACCGUUCCUUCCACUAGAUUUAAAAAAGCAUUUUGGAAACCUUUGAAAGAAAGGCGUCUUUCCACAAAAUAUCUUUUGAAUUCUUUCCUUCCCCUUGUCCCUUAUAUACCAUCAAGUUCCUUUAAACUUGGCGAGUCAUAGACAAACUAAUCUCAAUUCCAUAAUACUCUCAGACACAAUAAUCCUCAAUGUCAGUAUUUAUUCCACUAUCUUUAAGAAUGUAACGCCAAUUGAGAUAGAAUAGCAGAGUGCAGACUGUUCAGUCAGUGAGGGCUCUUUAAUUAUUCUGUCUUAAUUGACAAGAAAAACCCAUGAGAAAUAUUCGCAAGGCAUUAUCUCACUUAGAAACUGUAAUUCAGCUUUGCAAUAAAUUGUUCCUCAACAAAUAGGGAUUUUGUUUGUGUCUAUGUAACUUGUUGUAGAUUGGAAUCAGUCUGAAGGAAGGUAUCUUUCUCCCCAUUUCAUCAUUAUCAUUUGAGUGGAAUGCUGUUGUUGGGAGGGCUAGUCCAGUGAGGAUGAUAUUCCCCUCUCAUGCAUGUAAAAGUUGUACAUCUCUAUCCUUUAUGUCCACCUGGGACUGAGAAACCUUCUGUGUUAUGACAGUGAUAAAUCUGAAAGUUUACUCAGUUAUUUUUCCGAGGAUUCACUCUGGCCUUUCCAUGCCCGUCUGGCAAAUGUUCCUGUAGAUAUCUUUAAGGUGCAGAUUCAUGUUUGUCCCUGUGAACAGUUUCUGAACUUCCAGCUCAAGGUUUAUGCCUCAAUAACAGCUCGUCCACCAGGACCCCGUGGAGUGGCCAGAAGUAUUAUUGGUGGAAGAUUAAACCCCAAUCUGCACCAUCAGCAAUGGUGCCCCACUAGACAGUACAUCUGACAUCCACAAAAAAUCUUCCAAACACUCCAUCUUCAUUUCAGCACCUGUUAUAAGAUCAGUCUGAAGAAGGGUCCCAACCCCGAACCAUCACCGAUCCAUGUUCCCCAGGGAUGCUGCCUGACCUGUUGAGUUACUCCAGCACUUUGUGUCCUUUUCCGUUUCAAGAUUAGUGGUAGUGUCGCCAAUCACUCCCCAUCGCUAUCCCUGCUAAUAUCCUAACAAACAUCCCCUCUACACUUUCCACAAUGUCUCGGCUGAGGUCCCAGCACUCAUUUACAAAUUUCUAAAGUGAUGUUUUUUUCUGUAUUUAUAAACCCAAGUAGACAAUAGGUGCAGGAGUAGGCCAUUCAGCCCUUCGAGUCAGAACCACCAUUCAAUGUGAUCAUGGCUGAUCAUCCACAAUCAGUGCCCUGUUCCUGCCUUCUCCCUACAUCCUUUGACUCCGCUAACUUUAAGAGCUCUAUUUAACUCUCUCUUGAAAUUAGCCAUCUUAUCUACCUUUCCCCUCCCACUGGGAUUUCCCUGAUCACCAUCAUUCUCAUUUAUGCUGUUCACAGUGGGUCAUCAUGUUGAGGGUCCUGAUGGCUGCUAUCAUAGAAACAUAGAAAAUAGGUGCAGAAGUAGGCCAUUCGGCCCUUCAAGCCAGCACCGCCAUUUGAUAUGAUCAUGGCUGAUCAUUCAACUCAGUAUCCCAUCCCUGCCUUCUCUCUAUACCCCCUGAUCCCUUUAGCCACAAGGGCCACAUCUAACUCCCUCUUAAAUUUAGCCAAUGAACUGGCCUCAACUACCUUCUGUGGCAGAGAAUUCCACAGAUUCAGCACUCAGUGUGUAAACAAUGAUUUUCUCAUCAUCUUCAGAUCUCUGCACCACUGAGCCAUGUGAGGUUGGACCAGAGCAUCUUUGCUUCAUGGAGAAAACUCCCCAUCUCAAUUGUGUCAGCAAACACUGAGAUGUGUUUGUCUUUAUCCACAUAACGAUAGCUCUUUGAUUUCUCCACUCCUCUAACCCACACCUUUGAGCUGAUGGCGAAAGCUCUGCUUUUGACUUCUGCUUGAGGGUGAUGUUUCUGAACGAGUUCCCCACUAUUGCAAGGCUCCUCCACAAUCACCUGCUAGCCUCUGGUCCAGUUAAUCUGCCUGUGGGCUCCUUGCCUUCUCAGUUGUAUACUGACACCCAUCCUCUCCUCUACUCUCCCAGCAGCUCCUGCCAUGGGACAUUAGCAGUCAACCUCAGAGAUCCAACAAUUUCUUAACCCUCUCACCCUCACACUAACAUCAACAACCAAAAUCAAACUCUUGUAGACAGAUGACGGUGCUGUGGUGAAACUCUCAAAGAAGGACCUACAACCUUUAACUACCAACAUGAAGCUUACAAUAGUCUGGAGCUAACAAUACAACAAACAUUCUCCACAAGUCUCCAUAAAUAUUCUUCAUCAGUCCUUUGCUGGCACUAAUCAGUCAUCAGUCCCAUCAAAGAACAUCUGCACGGACAGUUUCGAAUUGGAAACUGUAGAUCAUUUUGCAUGGCUUGGCAGUCUUUCCCCCAAAGGGCAUACAACACCAACAUUUCUUCUUGCAGAAUGUCUCUUUGAGCAUUUAAUAACCACAACAUCAGACAUAUAGCAGACUGUUAGUUUACAAAUAAAACAAAUAAUUCUGAAAAUACCCAGCGGGUGAGGCAACACUGGCUGAGAUGUGGAGAGUUCUCUGUGCAGCAGCACAGUGGUGCAGUUAGUGGAGCCGAUGCCUCACAACUCCAAGGACCCAGGUCCAUUCCAAACCCCGGGUGCUGAAAUAUUGCAUCAAACACAGGGAAAAGCGAGCUGGCGCCCUCACGUAUAGUUUGAGUGUAAUCAUGUAUGGAUGAUUUAUCUGGAUAGAACACCAAGUUUUCCAUGAUAUAUUUGUGUACUGUAUGUGACAAUAAUUUACAAUGCCAAGCUGUUUGAAUAGGACAGGGCUGAGACCAUCCCUGGAUUAUUACCCAAACUGUUUGAAUGGGGGGCAGAUAGAGAGGUGAAGGAAUGUAGAGGGAAAUAUCUGUCAGGAAGGAACUUCAUCGAGAGGAUAGAUCCC